GGUCCGUGAACGAUUGCUACAAAACGAGAGUAGUAGUACGUGUUUUCUUUUAAGCUCUAGUAGGUGUCCGUUUCAAUGUGAGUCUGGAAGUGGCCUGCUUUGCAAACGGACAUCCAGCGGCAUUGCUCAGCGUUCCCAUAUUUGUCCCGGAUCAUCUCAUACUGAUGUUCUCAAUACUAGACAUAUAUCUCUGACUAUAUAGGCUCCAGGGUGAUACGUGUUCAGAUGGUUCGCUCUGCACAGGCUACUACAUAUACAUUCUCUUCCUCCCCAUAUUUUGACGACCGCGGCAAUCAUGGAUAUGCGGAACCAAUCACAGAACGUGUCAAUCCACAUUCGCGCCCGAUCGUUUCGUAUUACUUUCCGAAGGGAGUAGGGCCUCAGCAUUAUGGGGAACAUCAUCCAAUGAAACCUCACAGGUUGACGCUCACGAAUGCCCUGGUGUUCGGUUAUGGUCUUGAUAAACAGAUCCAUCAUAUUUACAACCCACGUCCCGCGACACAAGCAGAACUGGAAGCGUAUCAUGACCAUGAUUAUGUUGAUUUCCUGUCGAAAGUCACACCACAAAACCAGGCUGAAAUGAAACAACAAAUCGACAUGUUCAACUGCGUCGAAGAUAACCCUAUCUUCUCUGAUAUGUAUGAAUUCUGUCGAAUGUACGCUGGAGGAUCCCUCGCAGCCGCGAGGAAACUAUGCGCGGGUACAACCGACAUCGCGAUCAAUUGGUCCGGCGGACUUCAUCAUGCGAAGAAAGGUGAACCUAGCGGGUUUUGCUACGUCAACGACAUAGUCCUCGGAACCCUCGAACUCUUGAGGUAUCAUCCCCGUGUCUUAUACAUCGACAUUGAUAUCCACCAUGGCGAUGGCGUCGAAUUCGCUUUCUAUCAAACAAAUCGUGUCAUGACAGUUUCUUUCCAUAAAUAUACCGGAGACUUCUUCCCAGGCACUGGCAAAUUGGACGACAACGGCGCUGGACUGGGCAAGCAUUUCUGCCUAAAUGUACCAUUGCAAGACGGUAUCGAUGACAAUAUGUAUCUUACAACCUUCAAGACAGUCAUCGAAGAUACCGUGACAGCAUACCGACCGACCGCGAUAGUUAUGCAAUGCGGCGCCGAUUCUCUAGGUUGCGAUCGAUUAGGAGCCUUUAAUCUGUCCAUCGCCGCGCAUGGAGAGUGUGUGAACUUUGUGCGCAAGUUCAACGUACCUCUCCUUGUUGUGGGUGGAGGAGGCUACACGAUCAAGAAUGUCAGCCGCUGCUGGACAUACGAGACGUCCGUUUUGGUCGGUGCGGCCAUUCCGGACGAGCUUCCUGUUACCAUCUACGAUUCAUUUUUCCGGCAGUCAGAUUGGAAGCUGCAUCCGCCAUUGACAGGCAGAGUCGAUAAUCAAAACACUGCAGCGUCGCUCCAGCGCAUCACCAUCGCCAUCCGGAAUAAGCUCAGGUACCUUCAAGGGGCACCCAGCGUUGCCAUGCAGGAGAUCCCGCCGAGCCUCGCGGGCUGGCUGGAGGAGGAAGAACGUAGCCGGGAAGAAAAGGAGGAAGAGCGAGGCACUGCUCUGUCCGGUGAAAGUAGGGAAGAUCGCUCGGUAUUACGGAACGAGUUUUUCGAUGGCGACAAGGACAAUGAUGCGGAUGAUCCACCCAUCGAGGUUGAAACCCCUCCGAAAACACGAGCCACUCGCAGGGGCCGAGGCGGCGCGAGACGAGGGCGCGGACGGGGAAGAGGCAAGGCCGCUGCAGCUCGCAUGGAAGCAGCCGAGGGAGACGAUGAUGACACCGCCGAUGAUGUGGAGAAGCCCACACGUGCGAGAGGCCGCGGGAGAGGCAGAGGUCGUGGUCGUGGUCGUGGGAGAACGAAGACGCAGGUAAAAGAACCGGAAGUAGAGGCGCAGCCGGAAGCAGAUGCCGUCGUGAAGAUGGAUGUCGACUCGCAGUCGCAGACACAGGACGUCGAAGAAACAUAG